UCCAAAGGGUAAAAAACUGUCAGUUUUAGCUGGUAGAUAAAACUGUGUAUCGUCAGCAUGGUAGGAAUUUAUAUACUUCUUAAAAAUGGCACCCAAUGGUAGCAUAUGGAGUGAAAAGAGAAGAGAGCCUUGAAUGGACAAACUGCUGCUCAUUGAGAAGGUUCUGUCUUUGAGGUAAGAGGCCAACCUGCAAGGCAUCAAUGGUUCCAGCAUAAUGCUUGUCAUGUUUGUCAUUUUAUUCACACAGCAAGAACCAGUUUAUCCUGAAAUGUUACAGCUGCAAAAGAAAGAAAAAAAAAGGAAAAGAAUGUUGAAACCUUUAUAUAUAAAAGUAUAAAAUCCCAUGAAGAAUCAUUUCAGGCUGUUUCUAAUCCCGGAGUGUGUCAGGUAAAGACUUCCCAGAACCAGAACUUCAGGAACCAUGGAUCCAAAGCAAAUGUGGAAUUACGUGAAAUCUCCUCCGAAAGCUAGUACAGCUUGCCUUGUGAUUUCAAAACUACUCUUACUGGGUAUUCCCAUUGCUCAGAUUGCAAUAGGUGCCGUUUACCUCAAAGACUGCCCCCAGCAGCACUAUAUCCCAGUGUAUGUGCUGGUUUGUGGAGUGUUUAGUAUGUUUCUGGCCUUGCUGUCUUGUCUUCCCUGCUCCAGGGAGACGGAGGAGGGAGAUCGUUUUUGGCUCAGCCUCAUCUGCAACGUGUGGAACGCUCUGGUUGCUCUCUUCUUGUUCUGCUGGCUGAUCAGUGGCAGUGUGUGGAUUUACUCUAUUUACCCUCCUAACUACAACCAAACCAUGGGUGGAGAUCCCUACUGUAAUAAGACCCUCUACUUGUUUGCAUUCUGGACCACCACUCUGGGAUACAUUCUGUUAGCUGUGGCGCUGUUGCUCGGAUGCUGUUUUCUUAUCUGUGCUUGCAUUUGUGCAAUAGCAAAAGAUUAGCGAAAGCUCUGUGGGUCAUCUUAAAGGUACAGUAAUCGAUUUCUGAGAAACACUGUUGAUAUUAGAAAUUACCCCAAACAAACACCCCCCUCCCUUCAUUCGCCCGCACCCAAAAUGCAUAAACACGCAUUGUAAGAGUGGAUGUCUCUUUCUCAUAGCUGAAGCUAAGCAAAAUAAUGCUUUGCGACAGUGGCGUAGCAAGUAAGCCUUGGGCCCAAAUCUACGCCUACCCAGAUGCUAUGCUUUGAGAAAAAUUAGGCAAAGAUGACGAAUGAACAACGAGAAAGAACAUACAGUACACAAGAGUAAAUACGAGCAAGAGUUGUUUAUUAGAUCCAUACAAACAAUGACACUCAAAACUGUCCUGUUACUAUAGCUUACAUUACAACAACAGUAAAUCUUCUGUGAAACAGCAAAAGCAAUGUUACUCACAUAUGGAGAAGAAACAACACAACCUCUGCGUCCUUUUUCAGGUCUUCCCGCUUCGGUCUCUUCAGCGCUGGAAAGCUUUUCUAAUAUUAACGUGGGUCCUAAAGCUCUUGCCUGAUCAUAACCCAUCUUUUCCAGUGAUAUUCCUCUGAGCUUUUUUCUUUUGUAAUGUCUCUCAGCAUCUCUCUUUCUACAGUCUUCCUUCAAAUCUCCCUCUGAUCUCUCUCCUCCUCCAUCAUGCGUGUAAACACCCCUACUGCAAAUUGGCUCACUCUCUCCUCCCCCAUCAUGAGUGGACACGCCCCCUACUGCAGAUUGGCUCACUCUCUCCUCCCCCAUCAUGAGUGGACACGCCCCCUACUGCUGAUUGGCUCUCUCUCCCCUAUCACAAGUGGACACAUCCCAUACUGCUAAUUGGCUCACUCUCUCCUCCCCCAUCAUGAGUGGACACGUCCCAUACUGCUGAUUGGCCUACUCUCUCUCCU